UUUUAGACGUGUACCAUUUCAGUGAAAUCUGAGUAAGUCUCUUUCGUCUUUUUCUCUUAUUGUUUUAUCGCUGUUAAAACGAUAUUAAAUAUUUUUUUCUUUUUCUAUGGGUGGUGUUCUGGCUUUACUUUUAUUUUCCUUUAUUUCUCUUACUUUCGUUUUAUUUGUUUCUUCAUUAUUUUUUGUUUUUAUCCAUCCAUUUCUGUUCAUUUUGUUUCCUUUUAUCUCUUUCUAUUUAUGUUUCGUUUCCUUCAUUCCUUUGUUGUUCUUAUUCCCUUUAUUUCUUUCAUUGUUUUCUAUUCUCGCUUCAUUUCUUUUGUUACUUUCAUUCCCCUUCGUUGCUUUCACAUUGCUUUUUAUUCCCUUUUGUUCCCUUACAUUUCUUUGUUGUUUUUUAUUCUCCUAUUGUUCCUUUUCAUUUUUUUUUCAUCUCUUUUGUUCCUUCUCAUUUUUCUUUUGUUUCUCUUAUUGAUUUUUAUUCCCUUUUGUUCCCUUUCAUUUCCCUUUCAUUUCUCUCAUGGCAUUUUAUUCCCUUUUCUUUCAUUGUUUUUAUUCCCCCUUCAUUUUUUUCAUUGUUUUUUUUAUUCUCUCUUUGCUUCCCUUUAUUCCCCCUUUGUUUCUCUUGUUAAAUUUUAUUUCCCCUUCGAUUCUUUUGUUCCUUUUUACUAUUCUUCACUUUUUUUUUCAUUUCCUUUACGGUUAUCUUCGUUUUCCUUCAUCCUCUUUCAUUCAUCUUUCGUUUCCCACUUAUUCAUUUUUUUCAUUCAUCUUUCACGUCUCUUUUGUUCAUCUUUCAUGUAUCUUCAUCAUAUUUUGUUUAUCUUUCAUCAUUUUUGUUCAUCUUUCAUUUCCCUACAUCACUUUUCGUUUACUCAACCCUUUUCAUUUAUCUUUCCUUUCCUUUAUUUCCCUUGGUUUUUUUCAUUGUCCUUUUUUACUAUAUUUUUUGUCCUUUCUUCAUAUAUUGCAGAGCAUUUACAUACAGCAUUACGGCAUUAAAGUUAAAGUUAUGCAAUUACGACUUAAUCAGCUAUCGGUUAUAUCAUAAAAUUUUUUUUAUAAAUCAUGUAAUGCAUUGUGGUGUAACAUUUUUUAUUGAUCAAAUAAA